AUGGAAGUAGGAGAUAAAGAUUUCAAAAACAUCGCCGUUAUCGGCAAGGGAGGUUAUGGAAAGAUAACUCUAGUGCGGAAGAUAACCGGAAGUGACAGUGGUCGUCUCUAUGCCAUAAAGCAAGUAAGGAAGACGACCAACUUGAGGACGAUGAACCACUUCAUCAAUGAGCGUCUCGUGCUGGAGCAAACUGAAUCUUCGGUAGAGAACAACGUUCGCUACAUUUGUCAGAACGAUUCACCUGUCGUGACCCGAGUUCUGUUUCUUUCAGAUUAUGUCAACGGAGGUGAUAUGCAUACCCGGAUGUCGAUACACGGGAGACUCACUGAGGGCCAAGUGAGAUUUUAUAUCGGAGAGUUGGUGCUGGCUCUGCAACACCUCCAUCAGCUCAAAAUCGUGCACGGGGACCUCAAGCCGGAAAAUAUUCUCCUCGACUCUUUAGGUCACGUGGUACUUACUGACUUCGGGUUAAGCAGGUUCCUGUCUUGCGACAAGGUAAUAUUUAUACUCUUCACUUCUGUUCGCUGUUUUGCUAUUUUGUAUGAUUUCAACUGCACACAUGUUGUCUCUAUCGCCUUGAUGAAAAGUAUCGCCCCUGUGCCGGUGGACUGGUGGGCACUAGGUGUCAUCACUUACGAGUUUCUUACCGGACUUUCGCCCUUUGCUUUGCACGGAGCUGAAGACUCCACAGCUGUGUCCAGGCGCAUACUGAAGAACAGUCCACUCUACCCAAGUACCAUGUCUCUAAAAGCGAGAGAUUUGGUGAAGGGCCUGCUGAGGACAGACCCCGACAAGCGGUUGGGAACACACGGAGCAGGCGAGUUAAAGAAAACUCUCUUUUUCGAUGGACUUCGUUGGAAAGAUCUUGAAAAGAAAAAAAUUGCGGCCCCCUUCGUCCCGCGCCUAGAGAACGACUUCGAUGUCAGUAACUUUGACAAAGAAUUUACCAACAUGGCGAUUGAGGAAACAGCAGAAGUAGCAUCAAUGCCUGGUAAAUACGACUCAAACAACUUAUGCAGUUCAACAUAUUCAAGCAGUAAAUUGUUCGAGGGUUUUUAUUAUGUUCCGCCGGCCAUGCACGUGGCCGAUAGUCCGAAUUCCGAACUGCCGGACACAAGAAGGAUUGAACCCACAUCCGCAACGGCCAACGUGCCCCGCCGCACCAACUGCACAUCGUCCAACACCUGUCACUCAGAGUUGUCCCCCCGCUGUGCAGCGUCUCCUCCUUGCACGUCGCCCUCCAUGACGUCAGAGACACGUGACAAACAGCGCCGUACGAUGUACAACUCUUCACGUGGACCGACCGCCAGCCCGAGCUUUUCAGUCACAAAGGGUUCGAACGGUUUGCGAGGAUCCACAGAGGCAACAAGUUCCAGCCCUUCAGGGGUCACAGUGGGCUCUUCUCCUAGAAGCUCUCCCAGUGAAUCACGGCUCAUGCCCACCAAGUGCGAACGCGCAAAUGAAGUCGACGACGUCGACGACCUGAAAGAUUCUCUGAACGUUAUGGCGGCGGCCGCCGUGUCCUGCAAGCGGCGCAGAGAAAAGAAGAAAUCAAACCGAAAUUUUUUUACUCUGCCACGUGAGGUAUUCGGGUGCAUCAAAUGA